CGACUCGUCUACUCAACCCCAGUAGUAUUAUUGGUUGUUUUGGUAUGGAAGAAGUAAGGCAGCUAGUGCAGGAGGAAGGCAGGGAGGCCAGGAACCUAGUGGCAUUCCACGUCGCCGUGGAUACGCCAGCUCGGGUUUCCCGUAAGCCUCCUCGUGCCAUUCCUCCUGUUCGGCGAGCACUGCCGCGGGCGUCUCGUCUCCGUUCCGCGUCAGCUGGUCGAGAUAAACGGUCCGAAUUAAGGGCUCGCUAUUGGGCUUUACUUUUUGGAGAUCUACAAAGAGCUGUCGGUGAAAUUUACAAUACUGUCGAAUCUCACGAAAAUCUAAAUGAGUGCCAAGAAGUUAUAUUAGUGCUUGAGAAUUACACGCGUGAUUUUAAAGCAUUGGGAGAAUGGUUUAGACUGAAAUGGGAAUACGAUAAUACACCCCCACCACAUAGACCACAGAGCCUAGCUUGGGAGAUAAGAAAGACGGAUUUCGUAAGACCAGAAUCAAGACGCACUUACUCAGUCAAGAGUUCACCAUCCGUGUCUGGCAAAAACAGCCCUUGUUUGUCUGGUCAUAACACUCCAAGUGGAAAAAAUAGUCCCAAUUUAACCGGUAAAGCUAGCCCAGGAAGCGGUAAAAUCAGUCCUAGGAUAACGGCACAGCCUAGCUCUAGUCCUAAAGCCAAUAUUGAAUUUUUUACUAACAAAAUUGCUCCAUCUAAAAUAACAGCUAAACCAGAAGCUAAAGCUGCUAAGGAGUCACCUAGAUUAUCCGAUAUCAAAGAAAAAGAUGUAAAAGAUACAGGUGAAGAGAAUGUAUCUGAAUUAUGCGCACAAAACAAUAAGAAUGAUGUUCCGGACAAACGAGAGCCGAAGCUUUUGAAGAACAGUUGUACUGUUGAAAUAGGAACAGUAAAAGAAUAUCAAAAUGUUUGUGCAAAACAAGUUAUAAUAAAAUCCCCCAGACAUGUUAAAUCAAAAGUAGUAAAUUCUGAUAAUAUAUCUAAAGACAUUUCUUGCCAGGCCAAAGCUACUACAGCUCAGCUGAAUGCAAUGGAAAGUGAAUUUUUAGAAAAGCAAAUAUCCGCUAAUUUAGUAAAAAAUGAAAAUAUGAUUAAUCGAGAUAUCGAGAAAGAAAAAGAUAAAACAGAAAUCAUUCCAGGUGAAGCCAUGAAAGAAAACAUUGACGACAAAGACAUUUUUUCCACUGAAUCACCAACAAAAUCUGAAGAAAACUUUGCCGACAUUUCAAAUGACAGCUCACCAAAAUUUGACGUUGACAAAAAUCACAUUGAUAAUAUUGAAAAUCCAGCUGAAAAUACAACGGGUAUUUAUAACAAACCUAUCAAAACAAAAGAUCCUUUGAUUGGCGCUAAAUCCAAUACAAAUGAAAAUAAUGGUAAUGACAAAGAAUCUAAACGUUUUAAAAAAGUAAACUCUCUCAGUAUUGAUCAAAGCGAAGAAAACAGCAACCAAAUUAUUGUUAAAGAUUCAUUUCCUAAAAUAAAUAGUGAACUUAAAGUUUUGAAUGAUGAAAUUUUGCAAGUAAUUCAAAAUACAACAGAAUUUGACAAACAACAAAAUAAACAGGACAUAAAAGUUGAAGUACAAAUGAAAUCAAUCGAAGACAUUGAAAAUGAUAUGUUUAGUGGUUUAACCGCAGAUAUACCACACAGAGACAAUGAAAAAGAAAAUAAACCUACAAUUUUGAAGGAGUUUAUGAAAGACGUAUUAACCGAUGAAGUAAAUGACAACAAAAAAGAUCAUGAUUUAAGAAAAACUAAUGAUAUUGCUAGAACGAGCAAUGACAAUAAGCAGCCUGUUAAACCAGCAUACUCUCAAGCAGCAGCUAAACCAAAAUCAUUGAGCGCAGCUAAAAUUGAAGUUAAAACCCCAACAAGAUUAGCAAGAAGUUCAACUGUUGUGGAAAUGCGACCUACGACCGCACCUAAGACUCAAAGACCAUUCCAAAAGAAACAUCAAACCAAUAAAUGUAGCUAUCCGUUUAAUUUGACAACCGGUCGUACUAGUCUUUUUGACACUAAUCCAACUGGUUCAACCAAUAAAGGUACAUUAUAUAAAAGACCGAUAGACCGGAACAGAAACAUGCAGUUAGCUUCUGGUGAUGCCAAACCAUCAUCUGGUAAAGAAGUCCUUAAAAAACGCUCUCCAAGACCUACUUCUUUUAAGACUGCCGAGCAAAGUGAUAAAAAAGAAAAGAUCGAUGUAACAGUUGAGAAACAUAAAGAUUGUGAUGAUUAUGGUACUUGUGAUAAUGCAAUGGCACAGAUAGAUAUGUCACGAAUAGAUUCGAGCGAGAGUCUGAAAACUCUCGUUCCAGAAGAUGAUCAGGUGUUGCAAGAUGUUGCCAAUUCAAUAGAAGUACUUAACAUUGAUAGUAAUAAAAACGAUAACGAGGGCUGGCUUACUGUAAAGUCUAGACGAUUGAGUCGCGAAUCAAAGAAACAUUCAAAAUCGCAUUGGGCAAAUAGAUACAAUCAACCAUCUGCUACAACAAGUCUGCCUACUCUGAAUAUGCUGGAAUCUCCUAAAGAAGAAGUUAAGGAAUUCAUUGAUCCGAAAGUAUCGAACGUAGAUCGUGCAAAAUCAGAACAACCUCAAACAGUGGAAAAAUUGGAUGAGAAAAUUGAAAAAGAUAUAGAACCUGAGAAGGUCGUUAACGUGCCUGCUAAGCCAAAUUAUGGAGCUACACCGAGAGACCCUUCAAUGAUCCGACAAAAAUCCGAUGUUACUGGCUUAAGAACGAAAUCGUCUCGAAACAAGGUACUGACAAAGAGAGCUGAGAGAAUAAAGGACGCACAACAAGAUGAUGAUGCUGAAUUGACGAAAAAUCGAUUGCAUUCGUCCCUGGAGAGUCUUACUACAGCUCUAGCAAGAUCUCAAGAAAGUACAGAAGAAGUAUUCGAUUUUGACAAAUGGAAAGAGCAAUUUAAAUCGACUUUUAAGUAUUUAGAAGAUGAUGAUCAGAUCCCUGAUCAAAAUGAGAUACUGAAGGCGGCAGAUCCCUCAGAAGUGUCCGAAAUAGCGGAGAUGACGUCACAGAUCGAAGAAAAUGAAAGGAAAAUUAGCUUGGCUUUAGAUUUUCAAUCGGAAGUUGAUCAAAGGAAGCUCUGUGAGGAGGAAGAUUUACUAAAUAGACAAAUAUUUGAACUACAACAAGUUUACGACAUUGAUAUAGACACUGAAACCGACGAUACCGAGACGGAGGCAGAAGUUCAAUCCGAUUCAAAUCCGCUUGAGGAUCAGGCGGAUGAGCCUCAAGCUGGUCCAUCUGAAACUCUCGGUUCGCUGGCUGCGAGUUUGGAAGACCAAUACGAGACGGCUCUCGCCGGGAUGUCGUGGGCGGAGCGCGUCGAUACUCUUGUCGUUUUGGAAGCCUUGGUCGCCAGGGAUCCAGGACGAGCGCAACAGUUGCAUGCUAAAUUGUCUCAAGGUAUCAAACGUAGAGGCAGCCUGCAAGAUGUUUUACGCAGACUCCAAGCGAAGCAGCAGAGGGCUGAACGUCAAAGGCUCGAAUUUCAGACUGAACGGGCCAAGAAGAUUCAUCAGCUACUGGCUCGAGUCGAGGAAGUAAAGAUCGCGAAAAAUCAAUUGAUAGACGAGAAAAGAAUCAGAAUGGAGAGAAGACUACAAAAGGCGACAGAAAAUCGUGAUCAACAUUUAAAGGACAUUGUUCGCAAAGCGCAUGACGAAGAAGAAAAGUUGCGUGAGAUAGCUUUCAUUAAGCAGUUGGAAGCAGAGAACAGACGUCACGAGUUCUUGGAGCAGUGCCGGUCUCAUACCACUCGGCUGAGGCAGAUGAGGCGCGACAGACUUCAUAAACUGGAACAGAAGGCGGCGCGCGAGGCGGCCGUGGGAGCGCGGCGGCAGGCGCUGGAGGCGGCGCGCCGGCUGCACGUGGAGAGCAUGCUGGAGCGCCGCAAGGAGCGCGACGCGCGCGUGGAGGAGCUGCGCGAGCUGCGGCGCCAGGAGCGCGACGACGCCGCGCGCGAGAAGGCGGAAGGUGUAAAGUCCCGUCUCUCAGCACUGGCCGCGGCCGCUGAGCUCGAAGCGGACGCUCUGAGAUCCAGGAUACGUGACAAACAAGACGCAAGUCAACAAAGACUCGAGUCGCAUCUGCAAGCGAUUAGGGAAAAGGCCACCGGACCACGACAAGCCACAACAUCAGAGAGCCAAGAUCAAAUUCCCAAAGAAGUUGAAGAAGAAACUGGCAGUAAGGAUCAAGAGAGGAAAGAAAGAGAGAAACAGAAGGCGAUUAAGAAAAAGGCUAGGAAGCUGAAGCAGAAAUUGCUCGCUGCAGGGCACUCAAACCCAAUUUUCGAUGACAACAUAACAACACUCGACACUUUCUUGAAUCCAGUCACGAGCAAAGUCUACCGCGUCAUAAGUUCCAUACGGAACAUCAUAGCUCCUCUAUUACGCGACACAAAAAACGAUAUGAACGUUGUUGAAAACGAAGAAGAUAAAUCCGGUAAGAAGAAAAAAGGUAAAGCAGUUAACGGUGACGUCGAAACGAAGCAGGAGAAAGAGAAAGGUAAAAAUAAGAAAGGUAACGACGUCAACUCUAACAACGAAGGAAAUGUCAACAGGGAAGGUAAAGACGCAAACGUGGAAACUAAACCCGAAGAACCGCAAACGAGUAGUCAACCCGAUAAGGUUCCCGAGGAACCUGAGAAGGAAACGAAGAAGAAGAAUAAGAAAAAGAAGAACGCAGAAGAUAAGCCGACGCUGAACAAGGCCAGUUCGGUUUGUAGCUCGAUGAGUGACAUGAGCCGCGGCAGUGGCCGGAGCGACAGGAACAACACCAAGAUCGACUUAGACUUGCCGUACUUGGAGAAGCAGAUGAACGAGCUGUAUAGAAUAAUGGAGAAGUUUGAGAAGCAAAACAUAACAGAGAAGAUGGCAAUACAAAGGUUCCAAGCUGUUAAAGUGAUCUCGCAGAUGCUCGCCGUGGCCGCUGAGAAGGAGGAUCUCAACCCACCGAUAUCUGCCAAGUGCGUGUGCACGGGCGCGCUGCUGGUGUCGCGCGCGCUGGCGGCGUGCACGGCGAGCGCGGCGCAGCUGCUCGCCACCAACACGUGCGUGCACAUCGCCACGCUGCUCGCGCGACAGAUGGACAAAAAUCUCCAAUACGAUCAGAAGGAGAUGGAACUAGCGAAACAGCUGGCCGACUGUCUGUCCGUCGCCCUGGACUCCGUGCUGUGCGCUAGCCGCAUCCACGAGGAACAAGGGAACAAGCCCAAGGAGGAAGUGGAUGUCCUCGUCUUCUUGAGGAACAGAGCGCAUCAGAUUAUCAGCUACCUCUGCCUCAGCGGUUGCAUAACCCGCGCGGAAAAGGCGGGAGAAGCUCGCGAGAGUAUCCAGACGUUGCUCACGGUCAGCGCUGACCUUUGCCAUCCUUACUUGCCAGAUAUUGGUGCCGAACGGACGUACGCGAAGCAGGCACUUCGUACCGCUCUCGGGAAAAGCGUAUGCGGCUCCCGAGCUGAAUUCUGCAUGCUCUUCGCUAAGGGGGCGUCUCUAGGACAAUGCGGGGACUUCGUACGAGCUGCAAGGACGGCUCACCUGCUACGAGCUAUCGCUGAGAUGGAUCAUCAGAUUGUGCAGGAAGCAUUCGGUGAAGGCGGAUGGCCUUUGGAGUUCCGUGCGGCAGUUGCAAGGUUGCUCUCUCAACACGCACCGAAUGAAAAAGAGGCACCGCGGACUACAGCAUUACAUCUGAGCAACCAACGCCUUGAUCAGACUUUGUCCGAGACGAUGGUCCUGGACCUCAUAGUUCUAGUCGGCUUCGUGGUGGUCAACAAUCCUCAAUUGCAGGAAACAAUCUGUGAGGGCUGGAGUGUGAUUAAAGCUCUGUGCACGCUGCCCGCCAAUUGGCUUGUAUCUCAAGCGAGAAGUCACGCACUGUUACCGACUUUAAUUGCAUUGGCCGAAAGACCGGCGUCCGCUGCUGCUAUUGCCUCCGAAGUCAGCAUGACCAUGCUCGAAGAGUUCUAUGAAAGCCCAGAGGCUCAGAAGAUAAAACUCAUCCAAGUGAUUAAACAGGGAAGGACGAAGAAACCACCGGGAAAGAAGUAAAUAGAAGAAACGAGAAUUAUUAAAAAAUAAACAACCAAACCUAUGGAAAUGAAACUAAAACCGAAUUUAAGAUUAAUUUCAAUGAUAACGAUUCACCAAAUACUAAUGAUGAUACAAACGAACAUAAAUAUUAAACGGUACUAAUAGAUACAGCUGAUAGGAUUUUCAAUAAUUUUAAACAUUCAUUAUAAUCAACGAAACAACUGACUCAUUAACAAUACGACCACUAUAUUGAAAACUUAAACUCUCAGAUGAAACAAGUAGAAUAUGACACGGCACAAGGUAUCGGCUGAAAUUGCUACGGAACAAAAAUUCGUGAUAUCUCUCGUUGAUUACGAUGUUGUAUUCAAACUGCGUGUGUGGCAGUUGCGUCGAUGAUAUUUUAUCUCUUAAGCGAUAUCUCUCUUUCUUUCUUUUUUAAAUUUCGAAUUUCACCCAUCCUCCCUUGUUCCCAAUCCCAGAGCCUAAUGUAAUCAUACUUUCAAGACCUCAUAUUCAUUUCUUGAUUGUAUGAUAUGCUACUAAACCAGUUAUUUUACCUGAACUCGUCUUAAAUUGUCUAAGCCUUUUUAUUUGUAAAGAGAUAAAAUAUCAUUAGGUGUUUUUUUUUUUCAAUUCUUUUUAACAACUUUUUAACAAAGGUCUAAAUUAUUUAAAUUAUUAAUAUUAUUAUUAUCAUCAUCUAAUUUUACGAAAUAAGUUGUGCUUUAAACAAAUGCACUCCAUCGGUUAUUAUUGUUUAAUUUAGGGUACUUAUUUAUUGAAAUAUACUUAUUUUCCAUAAAUUAUAUAUAUAUAUUUUUUUUCUAAAACUGUAUUUUCUUUGUUUCAAAAACACAGCUUUAUAUAUUUAUUAUAUUCUUUUUUCGGUAAAUAUAUAUUACUGAAGAUAGUAAUUAUGAAGAUGUUUUAUCAAAAGUAAUAAGUUUAUCAAAUGAAUUUUUUUUGGUAUUCUUAUUGAUUUAAGUUCUUUAUAAAGGUUUAUAGUUUCAAUCGUUGAUGAUGAACGAUACUUGAGCACUAGUCGCUUCCGUGAUCGUCUUCGUGACUAUAAAUUACUUCUUUAUGUUACAGGUGAUUUAGAGAAAUGAUAUUAUUUUUUUGUUGUUUCCAUUCUUAGUUUAUUUAAUUCGUGUUAACCUUCGUUUAGGUUUUUAUUUGAAUUUGGAUUUUGUAAUUAAUGCGAUGCAGUAGUGGAAGUUUAGUUGGGAAUUCUAUGGCAUAUAUAAUGCCAUGGAAUGCCAUGCCCUUAGGUAUAUUAAUGGUUUGUGUUAUCUUGCGUCGACAUUUAAAAUUAUUUUUCAUAUUAUCACUGUAAUUACAAAAAAUUUUCAGUAAAAAUUUUGUUCUAUUUGUAAAUUAUAUUUUGAAUUUGCUCCAUAUCAAAGUAUUCGUUUUUAAAUUACAAAUUAUAAUUAAAUUAUUUAUAUAUUUGAAAGAAUAUAUAUAUAAAAAAAAAAUUAAAAAAAAAUUAAUUGUCUAUUAUUAUUACAAUGUGAAAUUAGUAGCUCGCUUUCGACAUAAAUUUAUGCAUAGUUAAUAGUUGUUGUGAUAGCAUGAUCUUACUAUUGAUGUUAUGUGUUGUAUCGAAAAAAAACUAAAAAAAAAAACAUAAAAAUAUCAGACAUAUUUAUCCAAAAUCUAGAUGGAAAAAAAAGUUUAGUCUACAAAUAAUCUUUGAAACAUGUUGUAUAAUGUUACUUUUUAAUGUAGCCGUCUUACGAUUUUUGAUGUCUCUAUACAUAUUUUUCUAUGGAUGUAAGCAGAUUGCAGAAAAAAAAAAAACGAAGGAACUCUGUAACCCAGUUUCCUCUUUAUUUAUUUCCAAGUAGUCAUUCGGAUCAACUGACUUUUAUAUCCGCACAAAUAUAUAUUUGUGAAACGAAAUGUUAAUAUUUUUUAUCCUCCAUUUUAAAUACGAUAUUAAACAAUUAUAUUUUUUUAUAUAAAAGUAUUAUGUUUGCGAUCCGUUGUGUUCCUUGAUCAGUAUUUGUUUUACGCUAAAUAUUACACUAAAAUGGGUGCGUCGAACGCGAUUGUGGAGGGUAGGUGCAUUAGUUGGAACUGCUCGAGACACGUAAAUACAUCUUAUGGUAUAAAGAUCAAUGGUUGAGGAUUUAUUGCAACUUUCGUCUUGAUAUUCUGAUUUAUAUAUUAGUUACUUAAAUUUAUAAAUUAAAUAUAUAUAUAUAUAUAUAUAUAUAUGAUAAAUGAUAUAGAGGCCAGUGUAACUACAGGCGUAAGGUACAUAACAUCUUAGUUCACAAAGUUGGUUGCGCAUAGACGAUUUAAGGAAUGGUUAAUAUUUCUUAUUGUGCCAAUAUCAGCCUAAUACCUAAUACAAUAUAAAAUAUAUACAUCAAACUAAAUUGAUCGAUUGAAUAUAUAGUAUGAAAUAAUUAUAAAUAUUUAAUUUACAAUUACUCUAAUAUGCGUUGUGUUGGCAACGUGACAAACGUAAGAUGUGUUUAUGUCGGGUGUGCUAGAAGUGUGCCUUGCGGGACGCCGGCCCGUUGCGGCCUCUAACGAUGGGUAAUGAGAGGGAAUUGUUAGGUAUUAAAUUUUAGGAACGCUGUGAUAAAAAAGGAGAGAUAGACAUGAAUAAGAAAUUGACGAGAAAUCUUUUUGGAAUCGAUUUGAAAUUUUGAUAUGGACUGAUGAUGCACACAUUCGAAAGCCUUUGUAAGUACCGAGAUGGUGUAGAUGGUGUUUACCGUUCGCGAUUUAAUUUUUGUUUGUGAUAAGCUUUUAAUUAAAACUGUGAUUUACGUUUAUUAGUUGUACGCUACUUAUCGAUGUAUAGGAGAUUUUUUUUUGUUAGCUAUAGUGUCAUGUUAUAAUGAAUGUAUUGGAUCUGUGAUUUCUUUCCUUUAGCGUUUAAUAACUUUCGCGUGUAACUUUCAUUGUCUAUUUUUGUGUAAGCGAUAAAUAAACAUUUGUGUAACAAUAAA